UUAGCACGACAAGCGUUAAGGUGACUACUUCAACGUCUGAGCAACGUCGCCUAAAGUUAGUUGCUCCGUGGACGCUGAACUGAAAGCGCGUGAAUUGAAAACAUCAGUGUUGCUCGAUACCUCUUAAGUUCCUUAAUCGUGUAACGAUCGGCUUUAACGGUAACAAUCGGUGGAUCAACGAAAUCGAAAGUUAUGAAAACAAAGCAUAUUGUGAUUAUCGGUGCUGGCGCAGCUGGUAUAGCUGCAGCUACGCGCCUUUUGGAGUCCGGCUUCGAAAAUGUCUUGCUGCUUGAGGCUGAGAAUCGUUUUGGUGGGCGCAUACACACCGUGUCCUUUGCGGACAAUGUCGUAGAUUUGGGCGCACAGUGGUGUCACGGUGAGCAGGGCAAUGCAAUCUAUGAGCUAACGCGCGAUUUGGAUAUGCUGCAGCCCACGGAUGAAAUUGAAGGAGGUUUCGAGUGCAUACGCUCCAAUAAGGAAGUGGUCGCCCAUGCUGUAAUCGAUAGACUUAAAUCAGUUAUCUCCAAUUUAGAGCCAACACAACAAGAGGGCUUGAAAGAUUAUGAGGGUUCAUUGGGCACGUACAUCACGGAUGCAUUUUGGCGCAAUCUGCAGACGGUGCCUGAUAUCGACAGGGUAAUAGCGCGCGAAUUUUUUGAGAACUACAAGAAAAAGCUAUGUUCAAUGGAUGGUGCCGAUCAUCUGUUCGAGGUAUCCGGUAAGGGUCAACACGAGUAUCUGGAUUGUGAGGGCGAUCUACAUCUAAAUUGGAAAGAUAAAGGUUUUCGCAGUUUUCUGCGUUUCUUAAUGAAAGCGGAUCGGGAAGACGCGUCCGAUCUGGGACUUUUAAAUGAACGUAUACAAUACAACGCGCGCGUUGAACACAUUGAAUGGCAGUCAUCGACAAGCGAAAUCCGCAUACGCCUUUGGAAUGGCGAACUCAUCUUAGCGAAUCAUGUCAUCUGCACCGUUUCGCUGGGUGUGCUCAAGGAGAUCCAUCAUAAGUUAUUCACACCCGCACUGCCACUGGCUAAAUGUCGAGCUAUUGACGGCCUCAAAUUGGGUACAGUGGACAAAAUUUACCUCGAAUUCAACAAGCCAUUCGUCCCGCUAGAUUGGCCUGGUUUCUCACUGCUGUGGCGUGAUGUAGAGUUGGCGGAGCUGCGCAAUACGGAGUACCAUUGGCUCGAGGGUAUCAUUAACUUUCAUCGCGUUUCAUGUCAGCCUCGCCUACUGCAAGGUUGGAUAAUUGGUCAACAUGCGCGACACAUGGAAACUCUAACCGAAACUGAGGUGUUCGACGCUUUGCUGUGGCUUUUUAAGAAAUUCUUCUCAUCGGAAAUGCCUGCACCAGUAAGACUUCUGAGCACACGCUGGCACAGUAACCCCAAUUUCCGUGGCAGUUACUCCUUCCGCUCCGUGUACACAGAUGAAGUAAGAACAAGCAGCUCGGACUUGGCGACGCCAAUCCUCGAUGAAAGAGACGGCAAGCCGCUGUUGCAAUUCGCCGGGGAAGCUACGCAUUCACACUUCUAUUCGACGGUUCACGGUGCGGUGGAGAGCGGUUGGCGAGAGGCGCAGCGCUUGAUUGCGCAAUAUCACGAACACAAACCGCUCUUGUAAGAAUAGUUUGAUAGCACUGAAAGCACGUGCAGUGGUCGCAGUAGCGAUAGUUUAGAUGGCGAAUGCGAUAAUUAUGGUGAUUGCCGAUUGUGGUCAAUAAGCUCAUAUUUAGUAGCACUUGAAAUUUAGUUUGUAAGAAUAGUGUAGGAGAAGUGGCGCAAAUAGUGAUAAGUAGUUUCUAUAUUCAAAGAGAAAAUAUUUACUUUGUUCAAUAGUUUUGAUAACUCUGAAAAUCAUUGUCAACACUGAAACCAAAAUCAUUUUCUUAUCUUGUUCGAUUAUAAAACUACUUUGUUAAGAAACAUUUUUUCAAAGUUGAUUUAUGCCUGGCGACUUUUUAAGUAUACAUACGUCAUAGGUUGAGUUAUGAUUUGAAAUUUCAUGUGGUACAGUUUCUCAAGUCAUGCGAGUACUAUAUGGACUGAAAGAACUGUGAAAUUACAAAGAAUGUUUCUCUCAAAUUAAAAUAUAGUUUUUUUCUUUAAUAUAUUGUUUAUCUAAAGUAACAAAGUCUUUUGGGAACACUCCAUCUAUCCUGAGACAAUAUCAGACUACCAGACGACUGUAGCGCCUUUCAAAGGGAGGUGGCUGUCAUUAACAUAGAAGUAGAUGUAUUGAUUAGAAGUGCAACUUCCUUCAGAGAGUUGCGAAUUCCCUCCAAUAGGCGAGCGUCUUUAUUGACUUUGAGCUCGCUAACAGUGCACUCAAAACUAAUCAAGGAAUGCAUAACCUCAUUAGAAAUAGCUUCAAGCUUCUUAUAUAUUUUCCCAAUCGCAGCGGAAACUACAAGGCCGAUUAGCCUGAUAAGGCACCCUUGCGCUAUUUUUAUCCGAUUGGAAGCGUGUUGGUUUUCCGAUCUCUUCUUGCUUUCUUUCGCUGGACCUAUAGGAAGCUCAGCUAGCGCUGAUCAUCAACCACUACUUGUGCUGUUCUGACUGUCCAGUAGGUUUACCCGCGGUGCAGCUUAAUAUUCUGUUGGACGCUUUUUGCAAAAACUAUAUGGAGAGGCGAGGUAUAAUCAUCUUGUCACUUCCUCCUAUAUUGCCUCGAUUUCUCCAAACUGAGAUUGAAAUUUCUGUGUACGUACACCUUUGGCGAGCCUAGCAAGCUGGCAUUCCAAUAAAUAUGAGUUAAGCUCAAGUAUGAGUUUUACCAGUUUAUGGGUAACACAAAGGACUAUAUAUCCAAAGUGACAGACGUCGAUUUUGGACCAACCCAACGACUUAUCCUUACUUAACCUAAAUUAGUAUCUACAAAAUUUGGAUACAGGCUCGGAACCGUGAAACUUCGAAGCUUUCACAGUAGAAAAUUUCAUAUAAGCUUCGUCAUGUUUGAGUCUGGGAUUGAGGAAAUUAUAGCUGACGGCCAAAUCUGUCGAAGGCGUUGGCAGGACUAGUUUAUAUUGUGGGUAUGAGAUUCUGUCAGCUAAUUACUUGCCUUUAUUUUAGGGUGCUCUUAAAAACUCAACCCAUUCCAUACCAUCAGAAACCCAUGUUUAACAAAGUGGGAAAUUCACUUUUUAAAUAGAACUUGAUCAUAUCUACCUGCGAAAACAACGUUUUUAACGGUGAUUAUCAGUUCCACAAUAUUAGUUGAUGACUUUUACUAGUAAUUUUUAGAAAAUACAGCGUCUACCAAUAGGGAUUAGUUGAUUUUAGAAGCUCGAGGCGGCCAUGUUUGUUUAUGGGUUUGUGUCAAAUUUUGUCAAUGUGUUCAGUAAGGUGUGCCAUUUAAUCAUAUCAUGUUUCACAC